ACGCAGAAGAAAUAUGAAGAAAGCUUUUACCUAAAAAAGAUUAAAAAAAAAAUCAAAUCGUGUGUGCAUCUCGGAAAAAAAUCAGAGCUCUUUCGUCGACGUUUGAUUCUUUUCGCAAUUCUCUGAUUAAUCGAAGCAGAGAGAGAGAGAGAGAGAGAUCGGGGGGCGUAAUGGACGAGGUGAUGACAGUGGCGGACGCCGGCGGAAACAGGGGAUUGUACGGAUCUCCUCCGUCGCAGAACCCGUUUCCUCACAACCUUCCGAUCAUCUCCGCUUUUCUUGCAUUCGCCCUCGCUCAGUUCCUCAAAGUCUUCACUAAUUGGUACAAAGAAAAGAGAUGGGACUCUAAAAAGAUGAUUAGUUCUGGUGGAAUGCCUUCCUCUCACUCUGCUACUGUCACUGCCUUAGCUCUUGCCAUUGGCCUUGAAGAAGGUGCUGGAUCACCCGCUUUUGCUAUCGCACUUGUCUUAGCAUGCGUUGUAAUGUAUGAUGCCUCUGGGGUCAGGCUUCAUGCUGGUCGCCAAGCUGAGCUACUGAAUCAAAUUGUUUGCGAGUUUCCGUCGGAGCAUCCGUUAUCCACAGUUAAACCCUUGCGUGAACUGCUCGGCCACACUCCUAUCCAGGUUGCAGCAGGUGCUGUUUUAGGAUGCGUGGUAGCGUUUUUGAUGAGGAGUACAAGCUAGUUUCUACACAACAAAGACUCCAAAAAUUCUUUUGAAAAUCAUUAGACCCUUGAGAGAAACUUCAUCAGCGAUCAAGCUGAGGGUAGAUUAUUGGAAGUAAAUGGAAAAUUAUUUCACAUCUGUGUAAUAUAUAGAUCAUAGUUUUAAGAGAAUUGUCUAAGUGAACUGACUUGUCAUUGUUAUGCUAUUUUUCUCUUCAUAAUUAUUCUUACCUUGUUUUGUGUU